AUGGCACAGGAAUUCAUCAAUGGACAUGAGAAAGCGCCGCAAGAUGCUCGAAACCAAGUCCAACACCUCACACUCCAAUUGGUUUAUAUCGCAAUCGGAGCCUUUGUUACCACCAUGAUCAGCACAUGGGGUUUCGAUGUUGUUGGAGAAAAGAUCACCCAUGAACUCCAAGAGAGAUAUCUCUCUUCUGUUCUACAACAAAACAUCGCCUAUUUUGAUGUACUUGGAACAGGCGAGCUCACUUCGUAUAUGGAUCAAGACAUGCAAUUGAUCCAGGCAGGCAUCUCGCAAAAGGUGAGCUACAUCAUCUCUGGGGUAUCCGGCUUCGUGGCCGCCAUCAUUGUUGCAUUCAUGUACAACCAGAGAUUUGCAUCUAUCAUGAUUUCACAGCCUCUUGCUCUUAUUCUGUGGGUAGGUUCUAUGGGUUACUGGUUGAGCAUCACGCAGAAAAAAAGCUUGACGCAAUACGUCAAAGCCGAUAAUUUAGCACAAGAAGUGCUCAACGCAAUGAGGAAUGUCGUUGCCUACCGAAGCCAAGAAAGGUACUCCAGAAAAUAUUUUGAUACUCUACAGCGUCCAGCUGCACUGGACUUUCGUGAACGGUUGAUUUUCGGAGUGAUUGUCGCAGGCUCCUUCACGACUUUGCAUUGGGGAAACGGAUUGGGAUUCUGGCAAGCGAACAAACUCUUCCAUCAAGGGCUCUGUACCGUUUCAGAAGCGUUGGUCAUUAUGUAUGCAGCGUUAAUCGCAGGUGGGAUGUUGUGCCAAGCGUUGCCUUUUGUUGUCGAUAUCACACUGACAAAUGGAGCAGCCCGUCGGGUGUUCUCAGUCAUUGAACGUGUUUCGCCUAUCAACUCAAUGAAUGAUACGGGGAUAAAGCCAGUUUCAGUGCGAGGUGAAAUUCGGUUUGAAGACGUGAAUUUUGCUUAUCCUUUGCAGCCUGAGCGGAGGGUCUUGGAAGAUGCCAGCUUCACUAUUCCACCAGGCCACACCGUGGCCUUGGUAGGACCAUCGGGGUCUGGAAAAUCCACUGUCUUUGCUAUUUUGGAACGAUUGUACCUUCCAUUUAAUGGGACUAUCACACUGGACGACGAACCAAUUGAAAAUAUCAAUGUCUCGUGGCUCAGGUCCCAGAUUGGGUAUGUCGGUCAAGACGUUAGUUUGUUCAAUGCGUCUAUCCAUGACAAUAUUGCCCAUGGGCUGUCAGUAGCUCACGAGAUGCCAGACGAAACUACUGUUCGAAGUAUGGUUAUUCAGGCUGCUGAGAAAGCCCAAAUUCAUUCCUUCAUCAUGGAACUUCCCCAUGGUUACGACACUGUGAUUGGGGCAAAUGGGUCAAGUCUGUCGGGUGGACAAAGGCAAAGGAUUGCCAUUGCACGUGCAAUUGUUUCGCAGCCAGCGAUCUUACUCUUGGACGAGGCUACUGCUGCUUUGGACAGUCAGAGUGAAAAAGAUGUCCAAGAGGCUCUCAACGAAGCCGCUACAGGACGAACCACUAUGAUAAUUGCUCAUCGACUGUCAACUGUUCAAAAUUUCGAUACAAUAAUUGUCCUAAAAGAUGGACAUGUUCUGGGUCAAGGCUCACAUGCAGAGUUGAUGAAAGCUUCCACAGUGUAUCAAGAGUUGGUGAGACACCAAGCACUCCGCUCAGAUGACCGACCAGUGGAAGAUCUCACUUGUCAAUUAUCUUACCACGAAAAAGAUGUCGAAGAACUGAAAGAUGUUUCCGUCUAUGUUGAUGGAGUCGAGCCGCCAAUGGAUGCUCCAGUGUCAACAUUGCAACCCAAUAAUAGCGUCAAGUAUGUUUGGCAUCUCAACAAGCCGGAGCUACCCUACACCAUUGCAGGUGUCUCGGGUACAUCACUUGGCCUUGCAGCGGAAAGCAUCGUGAUGCUUGCAACAGGAAUCAUUGUUGGAUGCAUAUUUGGAUGGGAGCUUGGUCUUGUCUCGACAGCUGCAGUACCAUUGAUGACGCUCUCUGGCUUCUUGCAGUACUAUACUGUGUCGCAGGUACAGAAGCAUGUCAAACGAGACACCAAUGCCGCAACUGUUGCACAUGAAGCCUUCGCAGCAAUCAAAACCGUCACCGUCCUUGGCAUGCAGAAGAACAUCCUGGAAACCUUCCGAAGGGAGAGCCAAAGAGAUAGCCAGGGCAGAUAUUGGGUCAUAUCCGCGGUCGUGUAUGCAUGUACUCCAUUACUUCGCGUGCUGAGCAUUGCUUUUGUGUUCUGGUACGGUGGCACGCGGCUGGUCCCAACUGGCGAGUACAGCAUCCAACAGUUCUUCAUCUGCUUUGCAGCAAAUGUGUGGGGCUCUCAAUCUGCCGCUGCUCUUUUUGCACAUGCUCCAGACAUUGCUGGUGCACAUGCUGCUGCUAACCAGUUGGAGGGCUUGAUGCAGCCCAAUGAAUCACAAUCUCCGAAUAAGAAACAGGACGACGUCUCCACACCUGCGCCGUGCAAGGUCGAGGAGCUCGCUUUGCAGCGCGUGAAGUUCAAAUAUCCAACUCGGCCAUCCCACAUGGCCUUAGAUGAUGUCAGUUUCGACGUUCUGGCAGGGGCAUUCAUUGCCCUCGUUGGGACCACUGGCAGCGGCAAAAGCUCAGUGAUCAAUCUGGUAGAGCGCUUUUAUACCGCCCAGUCUGGAAAUAUCAUUCUAAGCGACAAAGCCAUUGGGGAAUAUGAUCUAGAUGGUUAUCGACAGUACCUGGCGCUGGUUGACCAGAAUCCUUGUCUGGUUGGUGAAGAUAUGCGCGAGUGCCUGCAGAGUGAUGAACGAGUCAUCUCCGACGAUGACAUCCUGGUCGCUUUACAAGGAGUUGGACUAGCUAAUUUUGUGCUUUCCCUUCCGCAAGGCUUGAGUUCCCCGGUCUUGGCCAACGGGUCAAGUCUUUCUGGGGGCCAGCGCCAGCGCAUGGCAAUUGCAAAAGCCAUUCUGUGGGGACCAAAGAUUCUCUUGCUUGACGAAGCAACCUCUGCACUGGACACUGCAUCAGAAAAGCUGGUCCAAGAAGCACUCAAACACGCAAUGAAAGACCGAACCACGAUUGCAGUUGCACAUAGACUGAAAACAAUCAUUGAUGCGAGUAAAAUCUUGGUUUUUGACGGUGGACGGAUCGUGGAGCAAGGCACCCAUGACGAGUUGAUGCAUCUUAGGGGUAAAUACUGGCAGAUGGCCAGGUUACAGAUGGACGGAGAAAAAUAA